AUGGCCUCUCAACCCAACCCCGUGGUCUUCUUCGACGUGACGCUCGGCGGCGAGCCUCUCGGCCGGAUCAAGAUGGAGCUCUUCGCAGACAUUGUGCCACGAACCGCCGAGAACUUCAGGCAGUUCUGCACUGGCGAGACCAAAAACCCAUCCGGUCGACCGCAAGGCUACAAGAACUGCAGGUUCCAUCGCGUGAUCAAGGACUUCAUGAUUCAAGGAGGCGACUUUCUGAACGGCGAUGGCACUGGUAGCAUCAGCAUUUACGGCACACGAAGUUUUGCGGACGAAAACUUCAAAUUGAGACAUGAUACUGCUGGACUACUGUCUAUGGCGAACUCUGGCCCAAACACGAAUGGCUCUCAGUUCUUCAUCACGACUGCCCCUGCGCCUUUCUUGAACGACAAGCACGUGGUCUUCGGCAAGGUCGCGGAUGGUAUAGACGUGGUGAGGAAGAUUGAGAAUGUCCGGACAGGCAAGAACGACAAGCCGAACCAGGAUGUUUCUAUUGCGCAGUGUGGCGAGAUGUGA